CUCCAUCCACCUCCAUGGCCGCCUCGACGCCGCCGCCCCCGUCCACCAGCCCGUUCGACUCUGCGGAGGGCAGUCGCAACUCCAAGGGCUCGAUAUCGUCAUAUCCAUCGUCCGCAUCUCGUCUGCUUUCAGAAACUCUCCCUUCACUACCCAGGCGUCUUACCUCCUACGGAAGCAGUCCUUCGCUAUCUGUCGCAUCCGACUCACCAUACCUCGGUCCAAGUCGCCCCUUGUCACUCGGCGAUCUGUACACGCUUUCCCCCGACCCUCAGACAUGGGGGACGCACCUUCUACCUGAGGACAAGGAAGACGACGACGAUCUUCAUAAACCAGACCCUGAACUAGAAGCAGAUCGACAUUGGGCCGACAAUGGUGGGGAUAUCAUCUCGAGGCGAGGCAUCGUCAACCUCGGUGCGCUGCUGCUACUCAUAACUGCUGUGCUCAUCCUAUUUAUCGGAUAUCCUGUCAUUACUGCCGUAAGGACAACACAGAGUACCCUGGGUGCGUUCAAUCUGGGCGGCAUCAAUGCUUCUGGACAGGUCCCGGACAUCCCAGGCCACCGCGGUCUGAUCGACAUUGACACGCCAAAGUCUGCGUACAAGAAGACUGGCUGGCGCAACGGUGAACAGCUUGAGCUCGUUUUCUCCGAUGAGUUCAACGUAGAUGGACGGACGUUCUAUCCUGGCGACGAUCCGUAUUGGGAAGCGGUUGACCUUCACUACUGGGAAACUAACAACCUAGAGUGGUACGAUCCCGAAGCUAUCGCGACCGAGGGCGGGAACCUGGUCAUCACGCUGUCCCAGAAGCAGACGCAUAAUCUCAGCUAUCAGGGAGGAAUGAUGUCUACAUGGAACAAGUUCUGCUUCACCGGUGGAUAUAUCGAGACUAACGUCUCGCUUCCCGGCGUGAACAACAUUCUUGGGCUCUGGCCUGCCAUCUGGACCAUGGGAAACUUGGGCCGUGCCGGUUACGGCGCGUCCCUCGAAGGCAUGUGGCCGUACACAUACGACACCUGCGACGUCGGCACUGUCGCGAACCAGACUAUCAACGGACAGCCUGCCGCAGCUACAGUCGACGGUGAUCAGGGUAAGGGUGGCGUCCUGUCGUACCUUCCCGGCCAGCGGUUAUCCCGGUGUACCUGCCCUGGCGAGAGCCAUCCUGGGCCCAAGCACUCGGACGGGACCUUUGUUGGGAGGGCCGCGCCUGAGAUCGACGUGUUUGAGGCGCAGAUUGACCAGAAUACCCUCAUCGCACAAGUGUCCCAAAGUGCGCAAUGGGCGCCGUUCAACCACGCGUAUAUUUGGCAGAACACGAGCGACAAUGAGAUCAUCACGGACCCGUCGAUAUCCCAGCAGAACACGUUCACCGGCAGCGCGACGCAACAGGCCACGUCUGUCGUGACGGCCACGGACCCUAAUUGUUACGAGUACGAGACUGGGUGCUACUCGAUAUACGGCUUCGAGUACAAACCAGGUUUCGAGGAUGGCUACAUCACCUGGAUAUCAAACAAUCAGGUUUCGUGGACUUUGAACGGUCCCGGAAUGGGUCCAGACUCGCUGGUGGAAAUCCAGGAACGUCCUGUUCCGGGCGAGCCUAUGUACAUCAUAAUGAACCUGGGAAUGUCGUUCAACUUCGGGCCGGUCGACCUCGCCCACCUGCCGUUCCCUGUACACAUGAGGGUGGACUACAUCCGCGUGUACCAGCCUUCGAACGCGAUCAACAUCGGCUGCGAUCCGAAGGACUACCCCACCGCGGCGUACAUCGAGCAAUACCUGGAGGCGUAUUCAAAUCCGAACCUAACAACAUGGAGCGGGGAUUACAAACAGCCAUGGCCGAAGAACAGCUUCUUGGGCGAAUGUUGAUCAGGUCGCCGAUGUCGACUGCUACCUUCUGAGCCUGCGCCACGAGCGCGCCAUGCCUUUACGUGACCUGGGACAUCCUGCACUUUUGCUUCGCACAAACAUGGACACUACGCACCGUCCUGCUCUCGACUGUCUUACCUCGGAUUUAUCAUCUUCCCUCGCAUAUUGCUCUGACCCGCUAUCCACCUUCUUUCCAGCACGUUCGCUGGCACCUUCAUCUCGCUUCAUCACCGCGUUCUCCGACCCUCUGCACCGCGACCUCCUGCUGUAUCACAUCUUACAUCACGCCGUCCUGACAUUCCCUGCACAUACCACACCACACGUAUCCGAUCAUGCCUUCACGCAGCCCUUCACCCUCGUAGCUGACUUUUCACAUUUGCCUUCCCGAUACCUCUCCGUUUCCGUUUCGAGCGGGCUCUCUGCCCGAGCUCGACGCCCUCCCGACCGGGUUCUCUGCCCGAGCUCGACGCCCUCCCGACCGGGUGCCUUAGACCCCGGGCCACCCCUACAUAUCCGUACUAUACUCACCAAUUCGUCCGCUCAUCCCCGGUGCAGCUUUCUCGUUGAUCGACUUCACUACCCCUGCACCGGCCUCGGGACUACAUAUGCAUCUACAUUUGGUCCUUGCAUGUACAGCGAUUUGCGGCGGUAUAUACAUGAUCGCUCGGACUCGGCUUCGGACUGUACUGUUGUAGGGCUGCCGUUAAAGUUUAUUAGAUAUCAUGUAAUUGCUGCCCCUUUCACGUAGGAGAUAGUAGACGGCUCGAGCUGUCAAGAAUUAACCUGAAACGGAACAAUAGCGGGCUUCGGACGGACGCGAUCGCCCGCGAACUUCCAUGUCUCGCUCAACGUACCUUUGCAACUGUCGUGCGUCGUGGAGGGCUUGCAAUGGGUUGCUACCUCGGGCGG